UUUUCUUUUCACUGCCGUCCAAAAAUAGCGAGCCACUAUAAAAGAGGUAUCUUGCGCCCAGUGAAGUCAGUUCAAUCCAAACACUCACCAAAAAGCAAAGCUUCAAGCAAACAACACAAUGGCAUUCAAGUUCGUAGCUCUCCUCGCCUUCGUCGCUGUUGCCAAUGCAGGACUCUUGCCAGCUGCCCAAGUAUACAGUGCUGCUCCAGUUGUAGCCGCUGCUGCUCCAGUUUUGGCCAAAGCCGUUGAUGAAUACGAUCCACACCCACAAUACAACUUUGCCUACGAUGUCCAAGAUUCACUCACCGGAGACUCAAAGAGCCAAGUCGAAGCUCGUGAUGGAGAUGUUGUCCGUGGUCAAUACUCCUUGAUCGAUGCCGAUGGACACAAGCGAAUUGUCGAUUACACUGCUGACCCAGUCAAUGGAUUCAACGCUGUUGUUCAACGUCAACCCUUGGGAGCUGCUGUAGUCGCUAAGGCUGUCGCUCCAGUCGUCGCUAAAGCUGUCGUACCAGCUGCCUAUGCCGCCCCAGCCGCUUAUGCCGCCCCAGCCGCUUAUGCCGCUCCAGCCGCUUAUGCUGCUCCACUUGCUUACUCAGCUCCAAUUGUUGCCAAAACCUUCGCCCCAGCAGCUUACUCUGCUCCACUCCUCGCUAAGGCUGUUGCUCCAGUAAGCUACUCAGCUCCCCUUGUUACCAAGGCUUUUGCUCCAGUUGCAUACGCCGCUCCAUCUGCUGCCAUUGUUAAGACAUCAUAUGCUUCACCAAUUGUCUCAUAUGCUCAUUAAUUAAUUAUUGUGAAUAAUAGACAUGUGUUUGGAAUAAAAAAUUUUCGUAGAUA